AUGGAAAUGAUCCUCGUGACCUGGAUUCUCGUACAUAUCGCAUUAGUUUUUGGACAAACAGUCGGACCCUGCAGUUUCAAUACAAUGUGCACGUGUAAAACAGAUCCCGAAAUGUCAUAUAAAAGCCUCAAAGAUAUUGCAUGCGUCGGAGUACCCUUUGUUAAACUCCCCGAUUUUCCACAUAAAUUAGUUUUAUUUUUAGAUGUUGUUUCAUCCGGAUUGGAAAUAAUAGAAAAUGAAAGUUUUGGAUCGUUACAAGUCGAAUCCCUGCGAUUGAUCAGCAAUAAAAUAUCCCACGUUAGCGAAAAAACAUUCAGCGUUAUGACAACUGUUUUAAAAUCCUUGGAUUUAAGUUUUAACGAAUUAGAUGAAAUACCUUUUGACGCCCUACAAUCAUUACAAACAUUGGAAUGGAUAAAUCUUCACAGGUACGUAUUUUUCUCUCUCUCUUUGUUACUUAAAAACGACAUAACCGAAUUACCUAAAUCAACAACGACAAACGAAAAUGUCGGCGGAAUAGUGUACAACGUGCAAUCGUUUGCGGAUUUCGAAUCCCUAACCUGGAUAAAUUUAGACGAUAACAAAUUAACAACAAUACCGGAAAAUUCGCUUCCGAUUACGCUUCAAACGUUGAGCGCAUCUCAUAAUUUUUUGUCACAUUUCCCAAUGGAAGCAAUUGAAAAAAUGCCAUCGUUAAGUUGGCUUUAUUUAAACGGGAAUUACAUCGAAAACAUUCCGCAUGUGGGUUUCAAACACAAAACAAAAUUAGACAAAUUAGAUUUGAGAGAAAACGAUAUUAGAGAAUUGACCAAAACAAUAUUCAACGGAUCAAUAACGAUUAAAGAUUUGCUUUUGGAUUUUAAUUACAUUCAAACAUUGCCUCCUCAGGUAUUUAGAGGAUUGAAUUUAAGGAGUUUGCACAUGACUAAUAAUAGACUUAAAGAAAUAUCAUCAAAAUCAUUCAUCGGACUAGGACCGUAUCUAGAAUUACUAGACUUAGAAAAUAAUUAUUUAAACGGAAUACCGAAAGCGUUGAAACAAUUGAAAAGAUUAAAACUUUUUUACAUACCCAACAACAAUAUAACGGAAAUAAACGAUGACGAUUUCGAAAGUUUUUCAAACGUUUUAAAAGCUCUUUCUUUGGCUCGUAAUAAUCUUGAUUUUAUACCAUUUAAUGCUCUCCGUGACUGCGUUAAACUAUCACAUUUAAACAUAGGUUAUAAUCGCAUAAGCCGAAUUAACGAAUCCGACUUUGAUAAUUGGGGAGAAAAGUUGCACACUUUAAUCCUUCGAAGCAACAGAUUAACCGAAUUGCCGGCAAACGUUUUCCGUAAGACUCCCCAAUUAAAAGAAUUAAGUUUAUCUUUUAACAAAUUACAUUACAUACACGAACAAGCCUUUGCGGACUUGAUUAAUUUGGAAAGUUUGGAAGCAUCUUUCGGUAUAACGUCCGAAGAUUUUCCCAAAAAUCAUUUGAAACCUUUGAAAAAUUUAAUAUGGCUCUCUUUGGACAACAAUCAAAUCCGCACAAUAAAAUCCGAUUCGUUUUUACGUUUUACUAAACUUCAAUAUUUAAAUCUCGAAUCGAAUCGUUUGGAUAAAAUCGAAACGGAUUUAUUUCCGGGAUCGGUACUUCAAGAUUUGCGUGACGUUAGACUCUCGUAUAACAACAUUAUUGAAAUUGAAGAAAAUGGUUUUUCAAAUUUGAAAAGUUUACAAACUUUAUUAUUGAACGGAAAUAAAUUGAAAAAAUUAAACGGAUAUACAUUUAACGAUUUGAAUAAUUUAAUGGCGCUUUCUUUGACGAACAACAAGAUAAAAACAAUAUCGCCCAAUACUUUUGUCAAUUUACCUAAUUUAAUGAGAUUGGAAUUGCAAUUUAAUCAACUUAAAAUGGUUUCUUUGCAUUCGUUUUUAAACGUGACCAAUUCCGAAGCGCCCAUGUUAUUUAAUCUUUCGUAUAAUCAAAUCGUUAAUCUCACGACGGGUUACACCGGAAACGAAAUCUACGUUAAAGUGUUGGAUUUGUCACAUAAUAACAUACAGGAAAUACCGAUCAAUUGCCUUCAAAAUUUUGGUAAAUCAUUGAAAACGUUAAAUUUAGGUUACAACGCCUUAACGAAAUUAGUACGUAACGCAUUCGAAGAAUUAAAACUUUUAGAAGUUUUAAAUUUAGAACAUAAUAAAAUAAUAAAAAUAGACAGAAAAGGUUUUUACGGUUUGGAUCUUUUACAAAUAAUCAAUCUAUCGGAAAAUAAAAUUGACCAACUUCAAACGGAUCAGUUUAAAAAUUUAGAUAAUUUAAGAUAUUUGGAUCUAUCGAAAAAUCGUAUAAGAUCCGUAUCGAGAGAAAUAUUUCAAAAUACGAGAUUGGAAUAUUUGUUGCUGUCGUCCAACGAUUUCGUCGUGGUACCAAAUAACGCUCUCAGCGAAAUCGGUUACACACUUCGGCAUUUAGAUAUAUCAAAUAAUCACAUAGAACAUUUGGACAGCACAAUGUUUCGUGAAAUACCAUUUUUAACACAUUUAAAUCUUUCAAACAAUAGAUUGACCAUACUUCCGGAUAACGUUUUCAUAUGGGUCGGUAACAUAUUAGUGUUAGAUUUAAGCAAUAAUCGCCUUCGUUCGAAUUUCAAAGAACUUUUUCACAAUAUACAAAAAUUAAAACGUUUGAAAUUAUCAAACACGGGUUUGAUAAACGUACCCACACUACCGUUGCCAAAUUUAACCGAAUUAGAUUUAUCUUAUAAUUAUAUAGAAACUCUUUACGUGAGUUCGGUUGAAUAUCUAAUGAAAUUAAGAACAUUUAUAUUAAAUAAUAACAAGUUAAAUCAUUUGCCCUCCAAAAUAUGGAAUUACAUGCCUUUGUUAAAAAGGCUCGAUAUAUCUUAUAAUCCUAUAAAGAUAAUAACAAAAGAUAGUUUUAUAGGUUUAAAAAAUUUACAAGAAUUAGACGUGUCGAAUUUAAAAUCUUUAGAAAGAUUCGAUUCCGAUUCUUUUAUCAGACUGAAAAUAUUAUCGAAAAUAAAAAUACAAACGUGGCCGCAAAUAGAAAAAUACAGGUUUCGACUUGGUAAUUUAUUGGCCAACGUUCCAUCCCUUAAACAUUUAACGGUUGAAAUAAUGGAAAGUCAUUUAACGGAUCAAUUACUCGGAUCCUUCAAUCCGAAAUUAAAUAAUUUAGAAAUUAGCGGAAAUAAUUUAAGAAGUAUAGAAAUGGAAGCUUUCGAAGGUAUCGAAGAGGUCAAUGAACUCACGUUAAGAAUCAGAAACACGAGCCUUCGUACGUUGAAACCUGGCGUUUUCCACAGGUUGCAAAAUAUUCCUCAUCUCACGUUAGAUUUAAGUAGAAACAAAUUUAAAUCCUUAUCACCAUAUUCAAUAUAUCCGGAUCAUAUCAGCUAUCAAAACAUAAGAACGAAAGUGAUAGCAGGUGGUCUCACGCUCGAUGACAAUCCUCUGAUAUGUGAUUGCGGACUCACGUGGCUCGGUUACUGGCUAAGAAGAUGGCUUCGGGAAACUGUACAAAUUCACACGGUUGUUCUUGAAGUUGCUCAACAAAUGAACGAUUUGAUAAGAGGUGCCACGUGCAUGGAUUCUUCCGGAAGACGAAUACCAAUAGUUGAUUUAUAUCCGGAAGAUUUAAGCUGUCACGCAAGUGCUCUAAGUCGCGGCGGUUCCGAACGUGUUCGACCUUCUUUUUUAGUAUGGAUUUUUUUCAUUUACAUCCUUCGUUUUAUUUUAUGA